ACACAGGGGCAGGGAGUGAGCGCCACUCUAUGCAGGGACACCCAGCGCCUCACUGCAGCCCCUGCUCGCUGCCCGUCACAGCCUCCCUCCCUGCUGCUUUUGUUGCACAAACUUAGCUUGGAAGUACUGACUAGUAGCCCCUGCCUCUGGGUGCCGCAUGGAGUGCACAUCGAUUACCAUGUGAUUGACAUACUAAGUGUUACGGAAUUCAUUGUGGCUUUCCUACCUGACUCACCUGCUUACUUUCCCAUGGGCUACAAACCUACCAAGUGCUUUUACUUUGCCUCUCAGGUGUAGUAGCGAUGGCUGCCUCCCUUAUGCCGGCUGCAUGCCCCUCGGGCAGAGGCAGGAGCUUGCGGGGCACGGCGCACAUUGCAUAUGCAAGGGAGUGAAUGGCUGCUGGCAUAGGUGGUGCCGGUGUGCGAUGAUUUGAAGCGGACGGAUGAUGCUCACGAUCGCACACACACAGACUGUACUCACACACCCGUGUGGCUGCUGAUGGAUGUGCCCGGAGUGCUGUCCGGCUGGAUCGCUGAUCGCUCGGGGUCUCCUUCCUGGAGUGAGGUGCAGCCCUGGUGGGACAUUAAAGGGAGUGCUGUUUAGACACUAUGAGCUCAUAUGUAAGGUGUGCUUAGGGGGGAUUGAGAGUCUCUCUCAGGAUUGUAGCAUUGCUUUUGGACAGAACAAAAACCCAAUCCUGUCGCACAGUUCAUCGCCAUGAGGGGAUAAAGCACGUUUCUGUCGCUCAGGGAGCAGGAUAUCUCACACCCAACUAUGGCUUGUGAUAAUUCAUCCGAUCAGUCUGCCCCGGCAAGGAAAAACCCCAGCCUGUUGGAGAUAGGGGCACUGUGCCUGGACUCAGAGAUCAUUUUCGGAUUUACCAGUCAUCUCUUGAGGAGAAGAGGCAAGGUCUCAGACAGACUGUCCGGCCGGGAGGUACCACCGUGCCCAAGGAAGAGGCUACAGUCCGCGGAUGAGGCUCUGAGAGGCAGUCGGCCGCCUCCGGAGGGAGCAGGGGCAUCCUCUGUAUCGGAGGGGGCAGUGCCCGGGGAAUGGUGCCCAUAUUGCCAGGCAAAGCUGGCUGAGUUGAAGAAACAAGCUCUGAGACUGGCGAUACCCGGCUGUGCCACAAAUCCGCAAUUUUCAGCUUUAAUUUUUGACAAGCUUCAAGUGCCUGACUAUUUGCAAAAAAGCAGGAAUGAAGGAGAGAACAGGUGUGACAUCUGUGCAACUCACCUGAAUCAGUUAAAGCAGGAGGCAGUGCAAAUGAUCCAAUCUUUUAAUCAAGCUGGCUGCUCGGAAAUACUUGAUCGCCCUCCAAGUUCUGUGCCUGUGGCUAGUGUCAUUCCCAGGCUGUCUCCUCAAAACAUGAUCACUGUUUCACCCCAGAAAGAGCUUCUUAUGAUUGCAGGGCAAGUGGGGAGACCUUCUGGAAAAUCAACCAACCUUUUCCAUGGGACAGAGAAGAAGAAAGGACUUGGAUGGGGGCAAGGAGGUAGCAGCUUGCCUAACUCCAGUGUUCAAGUUACAGUGGCUCCAAGCAGCCUUGGUGGAGCACUGAGUUCAGUAACUAUUCAGGCACAACAAUACCUGGAGGGCAUGUGGAGCAUUUCUAGAGUAAAUAGCUUUCUACCGUCAGCCUGCCUACCUGAUGCCCCAUCCAUGGAUGGAGGAAGGGAAAACCAGAACACUGAAAUAUCUUCAGGCCCCAGCAACAACCAGCAGUCUGUGACAGGAAGCACCCAGAGUUUCUUUGCACCCGCAGGAGCAGAGUCUGCUGGGACCUCUGCUGCAGCCUCUUUCUUUAUCAGAGCAGCACAGAAGCUCAACUUGUCCUCAAAGCGAAAGAAGUAUCAUCCUCCUCUUCCUCACUCGCAAGAGUAUUCCACAUACUCCACCAACUUCAGUGGCAUCCUUCAGCUAUGUCCACCACCUGCACCUCCAUGUUUAAUGAGAGCUGUGUCAAAAAUCAAGGACAACCCAGGCAUUGGAAAGGUGAAAAUAAUGGUGAGAAUCUGCCCAUUCCAAGGACCUCAAAAUACAUCUGAAUCGAUGUCCUUCCUGAAAGUGGAUCCACGGAAAAAGCAAGUGACACUAUAUGAUCCAUCUACUUGUGGCCCAUCUGUCUCCGUUCAUAGAAGAGCAGUGGUUGCUGUUCCAAAGAUGUUUGCCUUUGAUUCAGUGUUUCCACAAGAUGCUUCUCAGGCCGAGGUCUGCUCUGGAACAGUUGCCGAAGUAAUCCAGUCUGUUGUGAAUGGUGCAGAUGGAUGUAUAUUUUGCUUUGGUCACGUCAGGCUUGGUAAAUCCUACACCAUGAUUGGCAAAGAUGCCUCUACACAAAGCCUUGGCAUCAUCCCAUGUGCAAUCUCCUGGCUUUUCAAACUAAUCAAUGAACGGAAAGAGAAAACUGGAACUCGCUUCUCUAUUCGAGUAUCUGCUGUUGAGAUUUUCGGCAAAGAUGAAAACCUGAAGGAUUUGUUAGCCGAGGAAGCCACGGGGAGUCUUCAAGAUGGCCAGUCCCCUGGGGUCUAUCUGCGAGAAGAUCCGAUCUGCGGAACUCAGCUUCAAAACCAGAGUGAGCUGAGAGCCCCUACAGCAGAGAAAGCGGCUCACUUCCUCGAUGCAGCACUUGCGGCCAGGAGCACUAGUCGACCAGACUGUGAUGAAGAAGAAAGAAGGAACUCACAUAUGCUUUUCACUCUUCAUAUAUAUCAGUAUCGCAUGGAAAAGAGUGGAAAGGGAGGAAUGUCAGGAGGAAGGAGCAGACUGCACCUUAUUGAUCUGGGCAGCUGUGAAAAAGUGCUGAGCAAAAGCCGUGAUGGAUGUGGGGGUCUCUGUCUGUCACUGACUGCACUGGGAAAUGUCAUUUUGGCUCUAGUCAAUGGAGCAAAACACAUACCAUAUAGGGAUAGCAAAUUGACCAUGCUCUUGCAAGAAUCUCUGGGGAAUAUCAACUGCAGGACUACCAUGAUUGCUCACAUCUCAGAUUCGCCAGCAAAUUACCAGGAAACCCUUAGCACUGUUCAGCUUGCUUCUCGCAUUCACCGAAUGAAAAAGAAGAAAUCCAAGUAUGCCUCCAGCUCGUCCGGGGGAGAAAGCUCUUGUGAAGAAGGCCGCGUUAGAAGACCCCCUCACAUACGGCCUUUCCACCAAAGAACAGUUGUACUUGACCCGGAUUUUCCAACUCUGGGAUUUCACAGUGAUCCUGAUUAUUCCUCGAGCAGUGAACAGUCGUGUGACACUGUGAUAUAUGUUGGGCCAAAUGGCGCUGCUUUAUCGGACAAAGAACUGACUGACAAUGAGGGGCCUCCUGAAUUUGUUCCCAUAAUACCUUCACUCCUCAAGAAGAGAAGUAAAGAUAAUUUGUCUAGUAUCAGAAGUUCUGAUAACGAUCAUUUAAAAUGCAACACAUUUGCUGAACUGCAAGAGAGGUUAGAGUGUAUUGACGGAAGUGAGGAACCUGCUAGGUUUCUUAUUGAAGAACCUGUUGCAGCACAUUGUAAUAAAGCCAUGAACUAUGAAGACAAUGUACAUUCAACAAAGGAAAAAACAUUACUUUCUGGAAUUUGUAAAAGACCUGGUUUUCAAGAUAUGGUUUCACCUAAAAAAGGGCAAAACAUUAUUAUUUCAACUGCUUUUCCGCCAAAUAUUUCAGAUUCUGAAACAAAUGCACCUCAGUCUGCACAUGAACACCCUCAACAACAUGCCAAAGCUGAAAAUGUAAAGCCGGAAUGCAUCUCAGAUGGAAACCAAGUGACAAUCAUGGAUUUACAAAAAACUUUAGCACCUAGUGUGUGUAAGGCACAGGAAAUACCAAAAGGAGCCACAGAAAUAUCUGUAAAAGAAAAAGCCCUUAUGGCAAGAAGACAUCUUCCCAGCCCAGCUCCACCUCCUGGUUCUCAGUCAUGUAGCAGUAAUAAUGUUGGGGUCAGAACUCCUCCGAUCGGAAUGAGCAAAUUGAAAUGCCAAGAUAAGCACAAGUUAGUCAGCAGCACAUUACCAGUUGGCAUCAGCACGCCUAAGCAGCCUGGCCCAAUAGAGGUUCGUAGGUUUCGAUCAGCUGUAAAAACAAAUGGUUUUGACCGAGACAUAUUAACCACUACAGUGACAUUGCAGAAGCCAGUAGAACUCAAUGGAGAAGAUGAACUUGUAUUCACUGUUGUAGAAGAGUUGUCUAUUGGAGGCAUUCUUGACAAUGGCAGACCUUCCAGUAUCAUUAGCUUUAACAGUGACUGUUCACUACAAGCCCUUGCCUCUGGCUCUAGACCAGUUAGCAUUAUCAGCAGUAUUAAUGAUGAAUUUGAUGCAUAUACUUCACAGGUCGCAACUGCUGGUGUAAAUAUUGACAUUGUGGUUCCAUUGGCGGAGGAUCAAUGCACUAUUAGCAGCAGACGUUCAUCUAUUAGUUCCUGGCUUAGUGAAGUAAGCAUUUGUACAAUUAAAAGUGAUAGAGCUCAGACCUACAACAGUAUUGUUCCUCACUCUUCUCACAAAUCUGAUGAGCUUUCAGAGUGUUUAAAUAUGGGUUCAGAAAAAAAUACUGAUCAAAUAAGUCAAAGCUUGAAAAGUUCUUUGAAUGACAGUGGCUUCUGCUUUUCAGAACUGGAGAGUGAAAGUAUGAGUUCAAGUCCUUUAUUUUCCAGCAAUGAAAAAAGCUUCAAAAUCUCUGAGCUCACCAAAGCCAGUCAAGUUGCUCAUUCUGCAAGUAACAAAUCUAGUAGCAUCCGGGGUACAAUAUCGUUUGAGACCAUCCAUUCCAGUCUUCCUCGGAAACAUAAUACUACCUCAGUCACCACACACGGUCAUGCAGCGAAUUCCAAGGAACAAGUAUUUAGUGACCCAUGGUUUGUGAGAGCAGAUACUUCCUUGGAAGGAAUGUCUGAUAAUCAGGCACUGUCUACAAAAUCUUCCAUUUCUGGUACAGACAAUCAGCUAAAACAGGGCUUAAAAUCUGCACAAAAUAUUAGCUCUGCAUCCAAACCCCUGAAAUCACAGACAUUAGCAUGCUCUCAGCGUGUUGUUGAUGGAUGUGAAGUGGAUGCAAAAUCGGCCCCCAAAAAGACUGAGCCUUUAACUAAAGUGCCGCAACUUAGAAGAGGGGCCACAACACUGGGAGUAGUAACUACAUACAAUUCCCAAACAGAUUAUGCAUCCAAAGGCAUUUCAGAUGGAAGUCUGAAAUCUUCAGGUGGAAAAAAGAAUUUAAUGCAAAAAUCCAGCAUGUUGCCCAGGCCUGGUGGGACUGUCCCUCCAGCACCUCCUGUACGGAAAUCAAGCUUGGAUCAGAAAAACGUACCUCUGCAUGCAAGUAAAUUAGAUGGAUUAGAGGGAAACUGUUCUGAAGAAGAAGCAGAAAAACAUUGUAGCAACACAAUAUUUUGCAAAGGGGACAAUUCAUUGCCUAAAACAGCAUCAAGCUUAAAGGCUAAAGUGAACAAAAAUGAAUCUGUUCAGCGCUAUGGGAGCCAUAUGUCUCUUGAAAGAUGUGAUAGCGUAACAUCUAUUGGCUCAAAAACAAAUGGGACUCGUGAUAAUAGCAACUCUUGCAUUAACAAGGUAGGAAGAGCAGUUCCUAAGCUUGGAAAUCCUAUUGGCUCUUCUACUAAUACCUCUUCUCCAACAUGUUCAGCAGCUGCCAAAACUAAUCAGGCCAAAAGUUCUCUGACUCAGAAAGCAACAAAUUUAAACAAAAACCGCAGCCUGUCCACAAAUGGUUCAAAAUCUCUCAGUUCCUCUGUUAAGUCACUGAACCAACCUAGUGGGAAAAAUUCUGGUAUUCCACCAAGUGGAAAGGCAGGUUCACGACCAGUUCAGUGCAUGUCUACCAAGCCUGCAAGGGGGACAAUUAUGGGGACUAAGCAAGCACUGCGGGCAGCCAAUAAUAGGGUCAAUGAAUUGGCCUCUGGAAGCUCUGGAAAAAUGAAUCAUUUUAGAGGAUCUACAGACUCUGAUAGUGGAAACGACAGUGGUAUAAACCUGAGUGAUGAAAAGUUGCAGACUCCAGUUCUACCCUCACCUUAUAGCAAAAUUACGGCACCAAGGCGACCUCAAAGAUAUAGCAGUGGGCAUGGCAGCGACAACAGUAGUGUUCUGAGUGGUGAGUUACCACCUGCUAUGGGGAGGACAGCUCUGUUUUAUCACAGUGGUGGCAGCAGUGGGUAUGAAAGCAUGAUUCGGGACAGCGAAGCCACUGGAAGUGCAUCCUCUGCGCAUGAUUCCAUGAGUGAAAGUGGAAUGUCAUCAUCUGGACGCAUGAGAAGCUUAAAAUCCCCAAAGAAAAGAGGUCUUCAGCGUCGGAGACUUGUACCAACUCCAUUACCAGAAACAGCAACAACUGGCCAGUGGGUGGAUCUGCCACCUUUGCCAGGCAAUUUAAAAGAGCCAUUUGAAAUCAAGGUUUACGAGAUUGAUGACGUGGAGCGAUUACAGAAACACAGGCAAGAGGAACCCGAGCAGCCUUUUCAAGAUGUUGAAAAGGGCUUGAUGUACUUCAGCACCAAACUAAGUUUACUAGAAAGACGUCAGCAGAAAGUUAAAGACGUUAAAGCAAAGUAUGAAUUACUGAAACAGGAGUUGGAGGAGACGAAACACAGGUUGAUGAUGCACCCACACAAGUGGAGAGGACAAUUUGAGGUGGACCCCAGUCUUGAUAAGGAAUCACAGGAGUACCUGGAGGCAUUGGAACAAGUCACCGAAGAACUUGAACUAUGUGUUAAUGUGUGCAAGUCCCAUGUUAUGAUGGUGACCUGCUUUGACAUCGGAAUGAUCUCUGAUCAGCAAGAUGGAGGAAGAGAAGUGGAAGUCUGAAGAUGGACAAUAGGAUGAAGAAACAAAGAUGGUCGUGCAGUGUGUGCAAAAAUUGUAGAUUAGAAUGUGAAAUGAUAAGCCUGCAAAGAAUGUGAUUGGAUUAAUGCCGAUGAAGAAUUGUAAUGUUUGAAUAUUAACGCAGUGCCUCAAGAUCCUAACUAUACAGAGAGUAAAAGGGAGUGUCUAGCUCUUGGGUCCCAGAGAGGCACAGACCUCUCCAGCACCUAAGGGAUUUUAGCCAAUUGCAACCUGAAGGUCAUGCAACCCAUUAUCAAGUACUGCAAUGGAGGACCCUCAGGAAGGGAAAUGGUUUAUAGGAAAACAUCUCUCAACAGAGAGAGAGAAAAAAUGAAAGUGCCUUCUUUUUAUAUGACUAUGUUGUUUUUAAAUUUCAUUUGGUGCUAGAAUAAAAGCCAGCAAACCUAAGCAGACCGUUUAAUGUAUUGCCAUUAAAUAUUUUAUACUGUACAGUGUAUGUAAAAUUACAUGUAAAAUGUUUUUUUUAGCUGGAGCAAUAAGUAAAUUAUGUUUUCAUACCUGAAUUUGCCUUCUGAUUUUAUGGAAAUGCUGCUUUGUGCUGCAGAGCGAAACUGUAUAAUACUUUUCUUGAAUGAAAAAUAAAUGGAGAUAUUUUUUAUGAACAUGUAUCUAAGUGUAUUAUGAAAGUUUAUAAAUUUAUCAUAACGUUUCACUUUUUUUGGUUUUUCUAGAUUUCUUUUCUAAAAAUGUUCUCCCGGUAUGUCUUAAACACUAACUGAGAUAAAAAAAAACUGAUGAAGGCUCUUUUGCCUAAUGAACCUCAUUUCCCUCAAAUGUUGGACAUCUUCAUUCUUCUAACAGCACAAUGCAAUUUCUGAAUUUUCUUUUUUUAUUUACUUUUUUAUAAUUUUUCUAAGGAAGGCAAACCCUCAGGAGAAAUCUAUACAUGCUGCAUGUAAUGUGUGCAUUUUUGUAAGGGGAUCACUACGUUGUAACUGUUCUGAAUGAUUGCCAAACACCUUUCAAAAGGUUGACUUGUGUAUGUAAUAUUACAUUUCAUAAUAAUUCAUAUUUUCAGAUCAUUUUGUUUUUAUAUGGGGUUUACAAAACCUUUGUAUAAAUGUAAAGUAUGUUCAGCUUUUAUCUGUGAAUAAAAGAUGAAUUUAUUAGUA